AUGGCUUCCAACGACACCCUGUCCCACGCGAAAUCACCCGUCAACCGUAACGUCAAGCAUGUUGUGUUAGGUGACCUUCUUUUUCAGACCUGGUACCAGUCCAUCUACCCGGAAGAUCUCGUUAGCAAGGACACGAAUCGGCUAUACGUUUGUCGCUGGUGCUUCCGGUACUCGUGCGACACGAAUUCCUACGCCAGACACACGCAGGUUUGCCAUCACCGCACGACGCCCCCCGGAGCGAAAGUGUAUGACCAUGGCGGAUACUCAGUGUGGGAAGUAGACGGAGAAUGUCACAAGCUAUACGCCCAAAACCUCUCCCUCUUCGCCAAGCUUUUCCUCGACCACAAGUCCGUAUUCUUCGACGUGGUUUCCUUCCUCUACUACCUCCUUGUCUUCACCGAUCCGAAGGACUCGAGCUAUCAUAUCCUGGGGUUCUUUUCCAAGGAGAAGCUGUCUUGGGAUGCAAAUAACCUGGCCUGUAUCUUGAUCUUUCCACCGUACCAGCACAAGCAGCUUGGUAAGUUGUUAAUGGGUGUCAGCUACAAGCUCAGCGGUUGGGAACGGGAUAUCGGGUUGAUCGGUGGUCCGGAGAAGCCAUUGAGUGAAAUGGGAAGUAAAAGCUAUAGCCGCUUUUGGGAAGAGCGAAUUGCAAGAUAUAUAUUACGGCAGGAAUCAGAGGCGAUGGGCACAAAGGAUUCGUCACAGCAAAAACAGAAAAACCCCAAGGGUGCUCGGAAACGACAUCCUCAUGAGAUCAUAACAGUUCAGGAUAUUGGGUUGGCUACGGGUAUGCUGACCGAAGACGUUAUCACCGCAUUGAAGGGGAUGGGCGUCGUCGAGCCGACAACACCCUCCAAAAGACGCAAAUCGCAGCAGACAUCUGGCGAAAAUGGACCGGAUGAUAGCGAAAUGGUGAUAAUACACAAGUCGAAUGUGUUAGACUGGGCGAAGGCUCAUAACGUUGCUUUACAAGACCCCGUGAGGGCCGAGGGCUUUCUUGGGAAGUUGGCUCCGAAUAGCAGCAAAGAGUGUACCCCUUCUCCCAAUGAGAAAGAGGAUGGCGACGGUCCUGAUGAUGAAUGA